AUGGUUUUCCGAUUCAAGCUUGAACACGACCAAGAGCUAAUGCGGGAGCUCAUCCGCCUAAAGCCCUUCUCAGCAAAGCGAGGUACGACAGGACAUGUCUGGGAGGAAGUUGCCAAAGGAGUAUCUAGUGCCAUACAGGUUCAACUCAACGUGAAGCAAGUUCCCGAUCGUCUCAAUCUGCUCAAGGCCAAAUUUAAGGCCGACGAGCUAUCAUCCGCACGUGCCAUUGGUGUAGAAGAAGACCUUCAUGCAGUCAACAUCCGAAGUCACUACAACGAUCUAAAUGGACUCGUCCGUGAUUACAUUGAACUCGAGCGCAUGUAUUUAGACGAAAAGAAGGCCAAGAAAUCGGCUAAGACUAGGAAGGAGGAGGAUCUAGCUAACAGUGCUGCUGCCCUUAUCAACGAGAGCAAGCUCCAAAGAUCGCAACGUCCAAACUACGACACGGAACGCUCGUCUUCUGACGAACGGAGUAGUGAGAGUAAAACUGAGAGCAUCGCAAGUUUAGCAUCUGCGGUUCCAUCACAGGUUUCGACCUCAAGUCGGUCUACACCCAAACGAUCGAAUGCGUUUUUAGACGAAGUAAAGCGGCAAGCAAAGCGUCACAAAGAGCAAAUUGAACUCAAAACGCGUGAGUUAGAGCAACACCAGCAUCAAUUUGAAGCACGGCUUCAAUUUGAAAAACAACAAGCUGAAGAGAGAUUGCGUUCUGAAGAAUGUAUUCAAGCCGGUAAUCGUGAACUCCUUCUACAAUGUGCGAAGCUCUUUAGUGCAGCUACGGCGAGACCGGAUAAUCCAAACUUCCACUCAGAUACUCAGUGA